AUGGGUCCUGGAAAGAAAGGUGCCCAAAUCUUCUUACAAGCCCGCCUCGGCCAGGAAGCAAGACCAUUUACCAGAUUAGCUGGACAAAUUUACCGGCCACUUGUCCUUCUCAGCCUAGUUUGCCCACAGUCACAGGUGAUGCGGCAUCUUGGCAUCAUUCCCAGGAUCUUUGAGGUUAUCGGCAUUUCCGAGGAUGGCCAGAUCACUUGUGGCUCAAAACUGGCAUAUUCAGUUAGUGAAGGCGUGGCUAGUAGAAUUCGAGGAGACAAUCUAAGCAAUGAGCUUGGACAUUUGGAGACACUGAAUGAAGACAAACUGGAUUCAAUUUUGAAGAGAUUCUUGAAAGAUUUGAAAGAGAAUAAAUUGGCAUACCAAUUUCCUAGCACCAAUAUAGAACAAUCAGAGAUUCUUGUUGGUGCUGCCAUUCAAAUAACAGAAGCUUAA